CGUCGAUCACUUCAAAGCCGAAGGUCGCGUCUGAAGGAAGUGGCGGCGUCGCGUCCCGUCCCGUGACCGGAGCGCCGUUACUACUGCACCGAAGCUCCUCUCGGCUGCCUGCCGGGACCCCUCGCCGCCAAGAUGCCUCGAAUUAUGAUCAAAGGGGGCGUGUGGCGGAAUACCGAGGAUGAAAUUCUGAAAGCAGCGGUAAUGAAAUAUGGAAAAAACCAGUGGUCUAGGAUUGCCUCACUGCUGCAUAGAAAAUCAGCCAAGCAAUGCAAAGCCAGAUGGUAUGAGUGGCUAGAUCCAAGCAUUAAAAAAACAGAAUGGUCCAGAGAAGAAGAGGAGAAACUUUUGCACUUGGCCAAGUUGAUGCCAACUCAGUGGAGGACCAUUGCUCCCAUCAUUGGAAGAACAGCAGCCCAGUGCUUGGAACACUAUGAGUUUCUCCUGGACAAAACUGCCCAGAGGGACAAUGAAGAGGAAACCACAGACGAUCCACGAAAGCUUAAACCUGGAGAAAUAGAUCCAAAUCCAGAGACAAAACCAGCACGACCCGAUCCAAUUGAUAUGGAUGAGGAUGAACUCGAGAUGCUUUCUGAAGCUAGAGCUCGCCUGGCAAAUACUCAGGGAAAGAAGGCCAAGAGAAAAGCAAGAGAGAAGCAGUUGGAAGAAGCAAGGCGUCUUGCUGCUCUUCAAAAAAGACGAGAACUUCGAGCAGCUGGUAUAGAAAUUCAGAAGAAAAGAAAAAAGAAGAGAGGAGUUGAUUAUAAUGCUGAGAUUCCAUUCGAAAAAAAGCCUGCUCUUGGUUUUUAUGAUACCUCUGAGGAAAACUACCAGGCCCUUGAUGCAGAUUUCAGGAAACUAAGACAACAGGAUCUUGAUGGGGAGCUAAGAUCUGAAAAAGAAGGAAGAGAUAGGAAAAAAGACAAACAGCACUUGAAAAGAAAAAAGGAAUCUGAUUUACCAUCAGCAAUUCUUCAGACCAGUGGAGUUUCUGAGUUUACUAAAAAAAGAAGCAAACUAGUACUUCCUGCCCCCCAGAUUUCAGAUGCAGAGCUCCAGGAGGUUGUGAAAGUAGGGCAAGCAAGUGAGAUGGCGCGUCAGACUGCUGAGGAGUCUGGCAUAACAAACUCUGCAUCCAGCACUCUUUUGUCUGAGUACAAUGUCACCAACAACAGCAUUGCUCUUAGGACCCCGAGAACACCAGCUUCGCAGGACAGAAUUCUGCAGGAGGCCCAGAACCUCAUGGCCCUGACCAACGUGGACACCCCCUUAAAAGGUGGACUGAACACCCCCUUGCAUGAGAGUGACUUCUCUGGUGUGACUCCACAGCGGCAAGUGGUGCAGACUCCCAACACAGUUCUUUCUACCCCAUUCAGGACUCCUUCUAAUGGAGCUGAAGGGCUGACUCCCCGGAGUGGAACCACCCCCAAGCCUGUGACAAACUCUACCCCUGGUCGAACUCCACUUAGAGACAAAUUAAACAUUAACCCAGAGGAUGGAAUGGCAGAUUACAGUGAUCCCUCUUAUGUGAAGCAGAUGGAAAGAGAAUCUCGUGAACAUCUCCGUUUAGGACUGAUGGGCCUUCCUGCCCCUAAGAAUGAUUUUGAAAUCGUUCUACCAGAAAAUGCCGAGAAGGAGCUGGAGGAGCGGGAGGUAGAUGAAACAUACAUCGAAGAUGCCGCAGAUGUGGAUGCACGGAAGCAGGCCAUACGAGAAGCUGAGCGGGUGAAAGAAAUGAAGCGAAUGCAUAAGGCUGUCCAGAAAGAUCUGCCAAGACCUUCUGAAGUAAAUGAAACUAUUCUAAGACCCUUAAAUGUAGAGCCACCUCUGACAGAUUUGCAAAAAAGUGAAGAACUAAUCAAAAAGGAAAUGAUUACAAUGCUUCAUUAUGAUCUUCUGCACCAUCCCUACGAACCCUCUGGAAGUAAGAAAGGAAAAACUGUAGCAUUUGGUACAAACAAUGCAGAACACAUUACCUAUUUGGAGCAUAGCCCUUAUGAGAAGUUCUCCAAAGAAGAGCUGAAAAAGGCCCAGGACAUUCUGGUACAAGAGAUGGAAGUGGUAAAACAAGGAAUGAGCCAUGGUGAGCUCUCCAGUGAAGCUUACAACCAGGUGUGGGAAGAGUGCUACAGUCAAGUUUUGUAUCUUCCUGGGCAAAGCCGCUACACACGGGCCAAUCUAGCCAGCAAAAAGGAUAGAAUUGAAUCACUUGAAAAGAGGCUUGAGAUAAACAGGGGUCACAUGACGACUGAAGCUAAGAGAGCUGCAAAGAUGGAAAAGAAGAUGAAAAUUUUGCUUGGAGGUUACCAGUCUCGGGCUAUGGGCCUCAUGAAGCAGUUGAAUGACUUAUGGGACCAAAUUGAACAGGCUCACUUGGAAUUACGUACUUUUGAAGAACUCAAGAAACAUGAAGAUUCUGCAAUUCCACGGAGACUAGAGUGUCUCAAAGAAGAUGUUCAGCGGCAGCAGGAAAGAGAAAAGGAGCUUCAGCAGAGGUAUGCGGACCUGCUGCUGGAGAAGGAGACAUUGCAGUCCAAGUUCUGAAGCACAUUUUGUGUCUCUCACAAGAUGAAUAAUCACUGGUUUUCAUAUCUGCAAGGCUGAAACGGAUGCUUGUCUUCAUUGGCAGAUUUACCCACCAUCUGCGGUUUUUCAGUUGUUUAUUUUAAAUGAUUUUAAAUCAAUCUUACACAUUCUGUGUAAGGACUUUUAACUUCACAGGACGGACCAGGGUGUAAAUUAUUAAGAUGAGCAUUCUUUUACAGUGUCAUAGUUGUGUUUUUUAGUUUUGGCCUUUCCUUAAAAAAGUCUGACUGAAGUGCUGCCUGUGAGUAACCCCUUGAAUAAAAAGAAAAU